AGUCUGCUGUAGUUAGUGAUUAGGGCUAGUCUGCAUUUGUUGUACUGCAUGCCAACUUUUUGGUUACAAACUAGCAGGUACAGCGCGUAUAAAGCUGUUGUCAUUCCUUAAUUUAUUUAUCAUAGAAGAAAACUUUGUGACGCUGUAUUAAGGACGUUAUGCAUUAAAAUACUCCUACAACAAACAAAAUGGAAGAGACGUUCUCACGGAUAGACGAGGGAUCUUCUGGAUGGGGAAAUGCGUUUAUGAACAUUCAAACAAAUUGUUUUGAAUUUAACUACACAACAUUAGAAGCAAGGAAAGCCGACAAUAAGAAGCGGAAUAGGUAUAGAGAUGUCCUACCUUAUGAUCAUAGUCGUGUAAAAUUAGAAGUUGGCAACAGUGACUACAUCAAUGCCUGUUUUGUACAUGGAAAGAAAGCUGGUAGAAAGUACAUUUUGACUCAGGGACCGAAAGAUAAUACUGCUGGUCACUUCUGGCAAAUGGUUUGGGAACAGAAUUGUAAGGUGAUAGUAAUGCUGAACAAAGUUAUCGAGAAAGGAGUGUUGAAAUGUGCACAGUAUUUUCCUUUGGGCGGUGACGACAACAAUAGAAGUAUGGUCUUUGAUACCAACUACCGAGUUGAGUACAUAAGUGAGGAGGUCUCGUCCUUCUACACUAUUAGGACGAUGAAGCUUGAACAUAUUCCUACUGGAACUAGUAAACAAGUAUUACAUUUUCAUUACACUAAAUGGCCUGACUUCGGUGUGCCGCAGUCGCCUGCAGCGUUCCUCAGCUUCUUAGCAGCAGUACGAGAAAAAGGUGGCAUGGAUGGUACGGGAGGUCCACCUGUAGUUCACUGCAGCGCUGGUGUCGGCAGGUCUGGUAGUUUCUGUUUAGUAGAUACCUGCUUAGCAAUGAUUGAGAAAGAUGGAGAUGAUAAAAGGGUAAAUGUAAUGGAGAUUUUAUUAGACAUGAGGAGGGAUCGUAUGGGACUCAUUCAAACCCCGGCUCAGCUUCGAUUUUCGUACCUAGCGCUCUUGGAAGGAGCCCACGCUGUAUUACAGCACACACCACUCGGCUCACUAGCGGCUGAAGAUGAAGUGCCUUCAGGUCCACCGCCGUUACCACCUAGACAGAAUAAGCGUCCUCAUUCACCUGACAACCCCGAUAUGGCAGGAGAAAAUUUCUUAAACGUGGACCAACGUGAAACAGAACCGUACUUUCUCACACGAUUGUACAAGCAUUCUUUCCUGUUAAUGUCCCGUUUAGUGAAGCUAGUGAUGUAUGGUGCUUCAGUCUUAAGAAAAAGACUCCGAGAUGAAAAAAAUCAAGCAAUGAAAGAAAAAGUAGAAAGGAUGAAGGAAAAACAACGCAAGAGUGAGGCUGGAAAGAAAAAAAGGUCAUUACUUAAGUACGUUGGGGUCGGGGUCGGGGUAGGCAUUUUAGUCGGUGCUUUCAUUGUAUACAAAUGGUAUUAUUGACAAUUGGUAUUAAACUAUUUAAACAACAACCGCAUUCCAUGUGCAAAAAUGGGCUGUACAACUAAUGCUCUCUAUUGCUGCGAGGAUAACAAAAUUUAAAUUUUGUGGCAGUUACUAACAUUUGUAGCAGGUUGUAUGGUCCAUUUGUUAGUGGGUAAUAUGAGUUAUGAAAUGUUAAGACUGCAGGUAGAUUGACAGCCUUUUAGUAGGCACGUAACCAGGUUCAUGGAAAAGGGGGGUUUCCUAUAGGCCAAAUUUAUGAUAAAAUACUACUACAGUAGUAAAUUGGUCAAAAAUUGGGGUUCAGCCAACCCCCCCCCCCCCCCCAACAAUCCACACUGGUUACUGGCCUCCCCUUAGGACGAACCGAUCUUGCUAUUGUCAUCAGAUUAUCUGGCUAUUACAUGAGGUUAUCUGUCUAUUAUCUUAAAAAUUAUCUAGCAAAUAUCUACAGAUUAUCUGGCUAUCAUCUGUAGAUUAUCAGAAUAUUAUCUAUAUUACUUUUGUAUUAACUAGAAACUAUCAACUGUGUUGAAAUUUAUAGACCGCUAUCUGGCUUUUAUCUAGAUACUGUCUGGCUAUUUUUAUAGUCAGAAAUUGAAAUAUAAUGGGCCGAGUUAAAUAGGUCCACAAUUACUUGACGGAAAAGUGGCAUCUAAGUUGAGGGUAGACUGAUGAUGUUUUCCUUCAAGAAUAUUGAGUUCAUGAUAUGUUUUUUCCUACCUCAAAAGAAUAUCGUAUUUCAUCAAAGUGUUUAGCGUGUGGAUCUACCACAUUUUGUAUAAUCCAUGCAGAAAUCUGUAAUUUUUGGCUGGUAUAUUGAUGGUUAUAUUCAUCUUCAAAGUAAUUUUUCCAUUUGGUGGUGCUUGUAGUAUUUUCUUUCUUAUAUGGCUAAAGCCCUGUUAAUACUAACAAAGUUUUCUGUGACAAGUACAUGUGAUUUAUACAUAUACUUGUGUGAUAUGACAUCAUCAUACCCAUAUAUGGUAAUUCGCAUAUUUUUGGCACACAAAAAUUGUUAGUGUGGACAAAAAUUUAGGUGAGGAUGUAUAAUUUGUUUUUCUCUUUCUUAUUCUUCUUUUCAUAAACUGGAAAAUAAUACAACAUUUCAAACAUGUUUAAACUAAAGCCCAGUUCAGACUAGUGGCGGCACUAGAAUAUAUUUUCAUGGAGCUCAGUUGUCCGACAAGGGGGGACUUGAGCUCGUAGGCUCAAGCUGGGGAAAGUGGAUGAGAUUUUUUUAAGAAUAGCAACCUCUUGAUGGCCGGAAAUGGCACUCUCCGACUGUGACUGACAUGCGUUGGCUUGGUGUGGGCCUAUUUUUAUAUGUUUUAUGGUCUGACUGUCCAGCGGGGGACUUGACCUGUCCAGUGGGGACUUAAGCCCCUUCCUGUACCCCCGCUGGCGCCGCCACUGGUUCAGACUUGACCUCCUUUUUGUCAAAGUGACUAUCUCCAUGUUAAGCUCACACUUGUGAAAGAAUAACAAAAAAUAUGGGCUUGUCUUAGAUGACAAACCUUUUAUUAAUUAAUUGGACUGAUAAAUGCUUUACUUCUGAAGAAAAGAAUAUUUUCAUCUGGCGGUCUCAUAAUCGCAGGAUAAAAAUUUUCUUUUUUUUGUCAAUAGUUCCUAUUUUUCAGAGUAUAGGCAUUUAUAAUGCGCCUCUUCCUUGAGGUUAUAAACCACAGUUCUUUUCCCUGGUCAUUGGGUCCACAUGCUUUAAGUGUUGCUGUUGGUAACCAUGAGGCAUCUCACAAUUGAAGAUACACCAUCAUUGUUGACCUAAUAAAACUUGAACAAUAAAACAAAAUUAUAUCUGAAUUUCUUACUUUUGUAUAUGUAAGUAUUUAGUUAAUAGCUUUCUAUAGAAUGUAAAAAACAAUAAUAUUUCCCAUCAAUUAACAUAGAUAGCUACCAUUCCUAUAUGUUAAUAAUUACAUUGCAGAGAUUCUUAAAUUAUCAAAGGAAGCAGAAUAAAAUGUCUGUAAAUCAGCAGAAACAUUACUUUUUUUUUUGAGAAUCUUAAUCAUUUCAAACAGUCAUUUCUCAAAAAUUAUUAAUGAUCUUGUCAUAAAAUGUGGGAUUUGAUACUUAUACAGACAAAUGAUGUUUAUUUAUAAAUCUUUUUCUGAGAAUAAUAGGGUGGCCUGGGAAUCCAUGCAUGAUUGAGUAUGAAAUGAACUGAAACAUUUGCCUUGAUUCUCAUUAUCCAUGUUUAACCAAUCAUAUAAAUUGGCUUCAAAAUACAUACAGAGUAGUACUAUACAUAUAUUCCCAUAUGCCCUCUCCCUAGGGUUACUAUUUAUAUCUCCAAUAAAUCCGAGUAUAAUCAAAGCUUAAUAAUUACACCUCCUAGGCCCUAUUAAAAGAUGACGAUCUGGAAAGGUAGAUCAGGAGAAACCAAUUUAGAGACAGAUCACUCAUGAUGAAUAAGCCUGAGUUCUUACCCCACCCCCCCCAUGUUACCUGCCUUUUCAACUAGACAUGUAAUCUUAACCAAUGCGCUUUGCAGCAAAUGAUAAAAACAAAGGGAAAAAAAUACUUUCAACUUAAACCUUCAACAAGGUCACAUUUGUCAAUUGUGAAUUCACUUUCUUUUUGUAUCACAGUAGUGCCAAAAGGGGGUCUGGUAGAGCAAGUGCCCCUGGGCCUAUUAUGGUGGCCCCGGCUACAGAGUUCCAGUAAUUUUUUUCCGCUGGUUGGGCUUCAAAACAAUUUAAUAAAAUUAUAUGAAGAACUGUUGUGAAAUUUAUAUUUUUUUUUUUUCCAUAAGAUAUUCAUAAUAAUUGACUUCAAUUAAAAAUAUACCUUCAAUAUUUGAUGUGAUAAAUAACUAAUCAUUUUAAUUCAGUAAUUUGGAAAUGUAUAUAUAUUCUUAUGAAAACAUUAUUUUUGGUUAAUUUUCAAGAUUUUUAUAGGUUUUUAAAAACCUUUUUUCUUUCAUCCUUAUUAAAAUUGUAAAGUACGUAUUUUUGUAUUCAAAUUCUAAUAAACAAUUUUUUUUUUAUCACUUGACAUAAUUAGGAUAUUAUAGUAACAUGAAUCUUUUUUAUACAGUACCUUCGUGAUCAUAAAUAAGAAUAAUAUUAAUAAUGUCUUGACCUAUAAAAGGUUUAUGUUUUCGAAAAUCUAACAAAACAGAGACUAAGAACGAAAUUAGGUGAGCAAGUGAAUGUGUUUCAUAUUUAGCAAAUAAAUCAUUCAUAUUGUUUUAUAUACGUGAGAUACCCAGAUCAUGUGACUUGUCUAAUCCAAUAGCUAGCUGGCAUUUUGACAGGUUUAUGAGGUGUGAUGAUGUGUGUACAGUAAACAAUCUCAAGAUAAUUGCAAGACUAAUUUUGCCAUUACCAUUAAAUUCAGCCAUGCAUAGUAUGUAUUGUAUUGAUGCUAUGCAAAAUAGAUUGUUCUCGUCACUCAGAAUGGAGAUUCUGUUCUAUGGGGCAUGUCAAUAUUAUGAGUUUAUGAAAAUGUUUGCGAAAACUGUUUGGCUGCACAUAAUACACUAAUUGAAUUAAACUUAUACUCGGAUCUGAGAUCCCUGGGGAAGAAUUGCAUAUCGUUCCAAUAUAAUCAGUGCAUUGGUGUGCGGGCCUACCUGGCACUCACUUAUACCCCCAGUUGGAGAGAGACAACCAUGGUUCCUCAUCCAAGGACAAAAGUGAAAUUCACAGCUAGGCCUCGAAUCUUCAACCACGGUGUUGCGAACUUGAUAUGCAACCGAUAACAGUCAAGCAGUUUGAAAUGUUUGGCACGAGUUGAAAAUAAUUUUCCCUGCUGAUUUUUUUUAAUUUUUAUUGUCUUCAGAUUUAUAUAUUUAAUGUGUGUCAAUUAGAGAACAGUAAUUAAAUUGACAGAAAAAAAAAAUCCCCCAAAACAUGUCACCCUAUCCCUUACAUAAUUCCACUAGCUUUAGUUUUACUUUUUCUGUUUAUUUUUUUGUAUCCACACAGAAAAAGCAGAGGGCCUUUAGGAAAGAAGUAAUACUAACAGAUGAGCGACUAAACUAAUGUAUGUACAAGUCUUUGACUUCAAACUACUGUACUAUCCUGCACAAGUAAAUGUAUCAGUUUUCCCAGUGGCGUAAUAGCUAUGAGCUCUUGGAAAUAAAGCCUGGGCCCCGACUUUUAUAGACCCCUUGUAUAUUCAUCAUUUUUGCCCCACACUGGCUGUGCAGAGCCUUUGAACAUGCAGAAUGUAUAAAUACCUAUUAAAAUCCCAUAAAACCUGUAAAACCACUUUGUUCCUUCCCCUACUAGGGUCUACCCAGUCCCCAGGUUAGUACUAAGUAGGACCCAAAGAAGCCUUAGCACAAGUGUUUGGGGUUCACACGCACCACUCCAUGAUGGCAAAUUAGUUCCACUAAGUGGGUUAAAAUACUAACCAACAAUGACUAAGUUGUCAUUGGAAUAGGGAUUUAGUUCCAAAGUUUUUGCACCUCAGGCCAUUUUAUCCCCUCCCCCAGACCAACACCAGCCUAUGCUGUUACGCCACUGGUCUUUCCACCAGUAAUGUCUGUAGCAUGCAUGUCAUGACAUUACUGGACCCCAUAUAUAUUUUAGACAAUUAAUGAAAGUAAAGUCAAUGAGCUCUUAUGUACACAGGGGUGGCACCAGCGGGGGCGGGGGGCCACAUUCGUCGGGGAGAAAUAAAAUGUAUAUGUAUUUAAAGACUCUAAAAUCGAUUAAAUAAACCUUUGAAACCCCUAAAUUGUCAUAUUUUUCGGGGGAUUUGUCCCCCAAAACACUUUCGAGAGAUUUUGGGCGAUAUCUGACCAUGCCCACUUCUUUUCCUCAGGGACGUCAGACCCUCCGUUGGGCAAAUCCUCGCACCACCCUUGUAUGUACAGUUAUUAAUUAUAGAGGAAUGUUGUAUAUGAGAAGAAAAUUAGGCUGUGAACGGUUUGAUAUUAAGGUUGUGCCAAAUACACAAAAUUAACAGUUGUGUCAGAUAUGAUAAUCAAAAGAAAUUGUGGAUCCAUAUACAAUGUGAUGCAAGCAAAAAUUCAUAAAUAGAAAUUAUUGAAGAUGUGCUUAUUUUAAAGGUGAAACAUUUAAGAUGCAUUAAAUGCACCUCAUUUUGUAAAUGAAAAAAAAAAUCAAUGCAAGAGUAUCUGUAUAUUACUGGUACUAUAUACAAAUUCCUUGAAUGCUUAUCUUAAUAUUGUCUGCUGUAUAGUUUCACGAAAUGAUAUUUUGACCUUUAGUUUCCUUUAUUAGCAGUUUUUCAGUUCUUGGAAGUCAAAUACUAAUGUGCAUUCGUUUUAAAAUUCAUAUUCUAUUUUCUGAUGAAAACAUGUGUUUGUCUGUCUGUGAAUGCCAGGGUGUCCUGCGCUGCAGUGUUAAGGCCUUCUCAGACAACGUCAUACGACGCAGCCCUACAUGGUAUAUCGUCGUAGCAGUCUUUACGUCGUCGAAAGGAUAUUAAACAUAUAAUAUUUAAUAUACUGUUUCUGAUGCAGACCUAUCGUCUGCGUUUAAUUAACACAGACCCGCCUCAACAAGAAACUGCAUUGGGCUGCAUUAUACAACACUGUCUAAUUUGGCGUUUAGAUGUUAAAAUACAUACCAGAAACAGACUAACUACUGAGUAAUAAGUAAGCCCAGAUAUUGGUGUGUUGUACAAGGCCACCCAACUCACAACCCACAUCAUUAGGUUCUCUUAAAAAAAAAAAAAAAAUUUACCAAGUAGAGACCCAAAAAAUUGAUGUUACGGAUCCAAAGGGUGUGAGAAACAGCACUAACCCCUCCACCUCCCCCCUCCCCACAAAGGGCAAACAUUUUUUUUUAUAUAAAAGCAAAUGAUUUGCCAUAUAUAAAGGGUAUCCAUGUUUAUUUUAACAGUUUUUUUUUUAAUCAUGGCAAAAACCCAUAGAUCUCAGGGAAACAACCAUUAUAAAGAUAGUAAACUUUAGUUAGUAAUAUUAGUGAUGCAGUAUAUAAUGUAUACAUUAAUUUUAACAUGUCCAAUGCAGUCACAGUAGGCCUAAGUAUUUAGUAAUCAAAUUGAUCUUGUAAAAUACCAAACUACAGUAUAAGAAAACAUCACAAAAUUUAGAAUGCAUUAAAGAUACCACCAAACAAAUGAUAAAGAAAAAGCUUAAAAAAAAAACUUAAAAUUGCCAAAGUUGCCAGCUUUCAGUAACAGAUCAAGCAAAAUAUACGAUAAGCAGUUUCCAAUGGUUUACUUAAAACUCUUUAAAUUUUCUGCAUUUAAAAAUCCAGACUUUUGUAAAACAUAACCCAGGAAAUGUUUAAACUGAGUUUUUCCAUGUGAAUUCCUGUUUUUUGGAAAAUCUGUGUUUCUAAAUGCUGAUGUGUUCAUAUGCACUGUUUUGACUGGAGUAUAAAAAGUGGUCAAUUGCCUGUGUUUUGGGGUUUUUUUUCUGAUGAUAUGUUCAAUCGAGGCUAAGCAUUAACCUUUCAAAUUUCAUACACGACAUAAUUAAAGUUCUUGUCCUAGAUUUUGCAGAGGACAGUAAAGAUAUCCAGUAAGAGUUUGAAAAAUUUAAGUAUUAGUGUUUAUUCUAUGACAGAUUUUGUACAAAUAUUGUAAAAGAAUUUAAGUAUCUUCAAAGUAUUUAGCUUGGUUUAUAAAACAAUGCUCUGUGAAAAAAAAAUAUCUGUGAAAUAAGGGAAUGUAGUGAAUUGAAAGUGAGAAAGAUUGAUGUAAGUUUUCUAUCUCCACUUACUUUAAAGGCCGAUUUUAAUAAAAUCUUACUUAUUGACAUGACAUGAGCAGAAGAGCAAUGUGUCGCCCAGCAUGGAAUCAUUUUCUUCUUCUAGAAUUCAUCAAACAAAAAUUUUCUGAACAAACUAACUAGUCGUCUUUCAUUGAGUAUGCAGACUGCAGAACAAAUCAUGAAUGUUGUCGCGUGUAUGAAAGUUUAAUGGGCGGGCCCGGUAAGCAUACCAGUUUUUUUUGUUUUUUUUCCCGCCAAUCAUAAAAUGAUAAAUGCCCUGCCCAAAUUCGGCCUGUUGUUUCGUUAAAAUCAAUAUUCAAACACACUUUUUGGCAAAUUAUUGAUAGGGCCUACAGGAGGGUUGCCCCACCUACUAAAAUUGUUGUACUAAAAUUUUUGGAUGGGCCUAAGCCUGUCUGGCACACACUUUGCUGCUGCCAGAGCACAUGCUAUUGUUGUACUUUGCAAAUUGACCUAAAAAUUUAGUUUAUACAGUACUGUAAUAGCCAAUCAUACCAACCAAUACUAAAUGAUUGAUGAUAUUGUCUCUUACCUUUCCAAUAUUAAAGAAAGAGAAGAAAAUGCUGAUAAUCAGAAACAGGCUCAAGAAUCAUGAUAUGCUUUUGUGUUUGUUAACCAUUGCAUCAGUAUAAUAAUUCUGCUCAAAUUCUGUAUAUCUUUUUUAAAUGCAUUAAGAUCUGUUUAUAUUUAUCAUACUCCUCUUGCGUCGAUUCAUUAUGUAACAGAUUAUCGUUGUAAUAAAGUGAUUUUGUUUU